ACAGCACGGUUUCCCUCAUCCACACACUCACACUUGUCAGACGAGCUGACUUCGCGGCACACACUCUUCCUCCUGGGAUAUGAACACCUUCAUCCUCACCUGCCUCCUCUGUUUCGUACUUUUCAGUAUUCUGGGCGCUCAGGGAUCCGAGGCGUCGUCCUCCGGCGAGUUCGGCAGCGUGACCGUGGUGGGCUCGGCCUCAGGGGAAGGCCUCCAGGUUGUGCAGGGCAAUGUGGACGACGACGUGGACUUUGAGGAACUCGCAAGUGGGCUCCUGAGAGAUGACAGGAAGAAGACGAAAGGCAAAGGCAAGAAGAAGAACAAGCAGAAGAGCAGGAGCACCACAGCGUUCAACCCCGAGCACACGCACUCCACUCAAGGCCGCACCCCCGCCAUGGAGACCACCCAGAACCCCUGCAACUCCACCCACCUGGGCUACUGCAUCCACGGCUACUGCCAGCGCAUGGAAGGCCUGCAGGAGCCCGUGUGCAUAUGCAUGAAGGGCUAUGACGGCGAGCGCUGCGGGAUCCAAACUUUGGGGGCCAUCGGGACCGAGUCACAGCACAGCAGCGAUGCCGAGUGGGUCCAGAUGGGCUUGGUCAUCACGGCCGCAGUUCUGUCCUUAAUCAGCUGCACCGCUGUCAUGCUCAUGGCCUGCGCACAUUACAAGUCUCAAAAAAACUUCCUGGCGUCCCACCUCGGGAGCUGGUCGGAGCAGCAGAAGCUGCAGAAACCCGCCUGUAAUGUUGUGGUGUGAGAGAGAGCCCACCAGCCGGGGAGGAGGUAAAUUCUGACCCAGUGUCACCACCUACAGAUGACCAGACGCAGAAGAUUGAAUAAAUGCUUCAUUAGAUGCAACGUAAACUGUCCAAAAUUUCUUUGCAUUUAAUUUAUUUAGUGUGAUUAUUUAUCUGUAUGAGUGUAUGUAUUUUGAAUUAUUAUUAUUAUUAUUAUUAUUAUUAUUAUUAUUAUUACACAGAUGUCUGUAUGUGAGGAUGUUGAGCAUUCAGUCAACAGACAGUGUCGCUUUUAUUUAUUGGACUGCUCUUGUGAUAGGUCAGAGAAACUGUCGUCAUCUCACUAUGGGGAACAAAUGACGUUUAAACAACAAUAAAAUGUCUCAGUGGUA